GAUUCAAUCUGAUGAAAAGUGAUUACAAAGUGACAAACUUUUGGUGUCCUUCAGAAACAAAUAACCUGAAAACGAAAAAAGGAGAAGUGGAUGGAACGUCAAUAAUAAAGUUCAUUAUAAAUAAUAUACAACAUUAAAAAAUACUUUGAUAAAAUAUUUGUAAUCUAAACUUGUUUUACGUAAUUUAUCCACUCAAAUUAAGUGUAACAAAUAGUGCAAGUGUGUGAUGACUCAUUGAAAGAAAUGAAAAAAGUGGACGAAAAGCAAAAAAAAACAAACCUUACCAAUAUCUGAUUAAAUUAAGUUAUGUGCCUUAUUAAGGGAUCUUAAGAAAGAAUAAUACACAUCAAAAUGGAUGACAGAAGAGUUGCAGAUUAUUUUGUAGUCGCUGGAUUACCUGAAAAUCCAGAAUCUUUGGAUGAGACAACCUUAUCUGAAGGAGGCAAUUUAAAAGCAAGCCAUGGACAACCCCCUAUUACAGAUAUUAGUGUUAUUUUUCCUAGCUUAGGAGAGACUAAACCUGAUGAUUAUGAGGUUAUUACGAAAACACCAACAGGUCUAAGUGCAGAUUUGAAUCAUGGUAGCUUAAGAACUAUUGAGUGCUUUUUGUGCAUAAGAAGAGGCCGGGACAAACCUCCCUUAGUUGAUAUAGGAGUAAUGUACGAAGGUAAAGAAUUGCUAAUGGAAGAUGCAGAAGUAGUUAAAAAGAGUGUAGGAGGCAAUAUUGCAAACGUAAACAACUCAACUUCUCAGACAUUUAUUACAUACAGAAGAGGACCAAAAUCAAUGCCUUGUAAUGCAUUGGUUGUAACUGAUGUUUGUGUGGUAAUAGCUAGUAAAGGAGAAUCACCGCCCCAUGCUUUUUGUUGCAUAAAUAAAAAUCUCAACAAAGGUAUUGUUGGCAGCGACGUUUUUUUAUGCUAUAAAAAGUCCAUGAAUAGAGCUACACUGUUAACUUAUAAACCAGAGGUUUUAUCAAGAUAUCCUAUAGUAGAUCUUCAGGAUUUUCCGUUUCCAAGUUCUGUGCAUUUAUUUUGUUUACCAAUGGGUGCAACUCUCGAAUUGUGGCCUAAAGAAGCUACACAACCAAAACCAGUUUUCAGUACCUUCGUAUUAACCGUAUCAGAUGCUAAACACAAAGUGUAUGGUUCAGCUGUUACUUUCUAUGAAAGAUUCCCAGAAAAUAAACUCACUCAGCAACAAAAAGAAUUACUAAAUUAUACAGAGGACUAUGAUGGACUAAUACAAGUUAAUAAAAGUAUAUGCGUGUUAUCACACUGGCCUUUUUCUGAAGAUUUUGAAGUUUGGCUUAGAUGGUUACAUGGCAUUGGCACCAGUGGUGAACCUCAAGCCAUACCCGUGGAAAGAUACAUCACACAACUUUUAGAUGAAGUUCCAUUUCCAUCACCGAGAAUAUUGCUUCAAAUGUCUCCCCAAAACAACAAAGAUAGAGUGAUAUUAACACAGCCUGAGGAUUUACCUUUACCAAGAAGUGCCGCAAGCUUCAAACAAUUAUUGAUAAACUUGGGGCCAGAAAAUUGUUUACAAGUUUUAUUAUUGAUGUUAACGGAACAGAAAGUAUUGAUACAUUCUCUAAGACCAGAUACUUUGACCAGUGUGGCGGAAGCUGUCUCAACUAUGUUUUUUCCUUUUAAAUGGCAAUGUCCAUAUAUUCCUUUGUGUCCACUUGGAUUAGUCGAAGUUCUGCAUGCCCCUUUGCCUUUCCUUAUAGGAGUAGAUUCGCGGUUUUUCGAUUUAUAUGACCCUCCACCUGACGUAAGCUGUAUAGAUUUGGACACAAACAUCAUAACCGUUGCAGAAACUCAAAGACAAAAUUUAAAUAUCAAAUUACUUCCGAAGAAGGCUUCUAAAAUUUUAAAAUCUACUUUGGACUAUCUACAUUACCAAUUGAGAAAUAAUGCUGCUAAUAACACAUCUGACAUUAAUAAUCCAGAUGAUAUAGAAUUAGAGUUUCAAAGAAGAAAAAAGCAACAAGCACAAGAACUCGAAAUACAAGAAGCUUUUCUCAAGUUUAUGGUUUUAUCAUUGAAAGGUUAUAGAUCAUAUCUUCUGCCCAUUACCAAAGCUCCAACUGUUGGUACAACUGAUCCUGAAGCUCUGUUUCAAUUGAGCGAUUUUCUAAAAAGUAGGGAUAAGACCAAUCACAGGUUUUUCAAUUUAGUCAUGAAAACUCAAAUGUUUAUUAGGUUUAUUGAAGAGAGAAGUUUUGUAGCAGAUGGUGAUCAAGGCUUGGCAUUUUUUGAUGAUUGCAUAGAAAAAAUCGGCCACGAAGAAAAUAAUAGUCGGUUAAUAGAAUAUGAUUCAGUGCAUAAAAGUGAUAGGACUGUUUUUGUUUUACCACCAGAACCUACUGUACCCGGCACUGAAAUCUAUAAGUAUACUCACUUCAACUUGAAAGCGGAAUUAUUAAUCGGACUUGGAAAAAAGAAGAAUCCAUUAUCAUCUUUGUUUCAAACAAUAACUCCAGGCUCUCCCAUGGCUCGAAGAACAAAACAGGAAAUAAAAUUGGCUCAAAAAUUAGCUAGGAAGUGUGUAAGGUCUCCAGAUUUAUGGGCGGCUUGUCUCUGUGGUACAUGCCACACUCUCUAUUUCAUGAUACUGCCCAGUAUGUUACAUUUGAAUGUCGGAAAAGAAAAAGCUAUUUUACAACAAUCUUAUGAGCUCCUCGUUAGAGCGACCAAGUUGAGAUUUGCCUGUGAUGAAGUUUGUUAUCGACUUAUGAUGCAAUUAUGCGGAGAACAUUCCAGACCUUUGUUGGCUGUUAAGUUAUUAGUUUUAAUGAAAAAGUUUGGGAUACAACCCAAUGCUCUAACAUACGGAUUGUAUAAUCGUUGCGUUUUGGAAGCAGAAUGGCCAGCUCAUUCUAGUUCUAGCCAGUUAUUAUGGAAUAAGUUGAGAAAUGUUGUUAUGGGAGCAGCUCAUUUCAGGUGGGCUGGAAGAAAGAAAUCUUCAAGGAAUAUGUCUGCAUCUACCGAAGGAGCAAAUAGUUUGUUGGAUCAGGCCGAUCGAACUAUCUCUCGAUCAUCUCUGGAUUCCCACGAAGCUAUUAAAGAAGACCAUCCACCCCCACUGAAAAGAGGUACCAGUAUCAUUAAGGGUAGUUUGAAUGGUCUCGAGGAAGUAGACGCUUUGGAAACGAUAAAUGGUGAUGAAGAGGAAGAAAAUAAUUUAACAUUAGUUGAAAACCAGAAUUUCGAAGAAGGUGAUCUAGAGUGUACAGAGGUGGAACAUAGGGAAAAUAAUAUUCCUACACCAGAUAGUCCGUCCGAACACAGAUUAUUGUCGAGGUCUGAAAGUGCUGCAGAUGCCAAUUUGAUCGAUCAGGUACAGAUUAAUAACAAGAAGAGUUGUUCGAAAGUCUUGCAGUUUAAUAAUGGAACUGAUGAAAAAGAAGAACCAGAGGAAAGAGAAAAUGGAAAAACCAGCCCUGGAAAAGUUUGCCGAGAAGUUAUUACAGAGAACGAUCCCUUGGGUGCCUUUACCUUGCCUCCUGAAGAAAUCACAGUAACUCAACCGUCCCAGACAACAGAAUCGCAAAUUCGCAAUUCCAACCUUUCAGUUGAACCCGUCCUUUUCAGAUCGUCUGUUCAACGAUCGGCUACUUUCGAAGGAAGUCCACCAUCUCAAAAUAAGUUACACAGAUCUGAGACUGUACCAGCGGCAACUGUCGCUUCGAGUUUGGCUAGUUUUGGAUCUAGCUUAAAACUUGGAUUCAGCCGCUAUUCACCGUCACGCCUUUCCCUGCGCAAAGCUGAUUUGAAAAUGUCCCAACACUUCAUUGAGAAUGCCAUCAAUAAUUUCAGUCCAAGUAGUUUAACUAGUAAAAAAUCCAACGAAUUAAUACAAGGUGGUCUCAGUUCAAUCAAAUCAGCUGCUACGACUAUGGUUAAGAAAAUGGAGGAGAUCAAAGAAGCGAUUUCAACGUCUACUAAUUCUACACCUGUUAAAGUUUUGACUAGUGACGGUUUGGGCGGUAGAGAUGCCGUAGAAAGCGGAGAAGGGGAUUCUAAUGAUGGUAGUGAUUACGGGGACAGACAUAGAAAAAUAUCGACUGAAAUGAACAGUUAUAGGGGUAGUGUUACAAAUUUGAAAGAAUAUGAUGAAGGUUUACCGGAUAGUUUGUUUCCAGUACCGAAAGAAGAUAAUUCGGAAUGUGAAGUAGACAUAUCUUUAACGACAUGUUCGCAGUGUCACAAUUGUUCCUGUCUCUUAUACGACGAAGAAAUUAUGGCCAACUGGUCAUCAGAAGACUCAAAUUUGAACACUCUUUGUCAAAAUUGUAAUAAACCCACUGUACCUUUUUUGACAGUGUCAAUUACGGGUCCUGACAUUGAACCUUGUGAUCCGUUCAGCAUACCUUACUUAAAUCCGCUCGUUUUAAGAAAAGAACUGGAAAACAUUAUAACGCAAGAAGGGGAUUUAUGUUUGUCUGAUUCAAGAUUUGUUGAUGAACAUCCCAUCAUUUAUUGGAAUCUUAUUUGGGUGUUUGAAAGGAUCAAUGUUCAAACGCAUCUGCCCAAUUUGUUUUUAAGGAAUAAGGCGUGUUCUAACAGGGGUAGCAGCAGUAAAUUGAACACAGAUAAUUGUGAUAGGUUAGGAAAUGGAGGAACCACUUCUAUGGAGCCAGUUGAAGAAGGAACAGAUCCGUUGACUCAAGAACUUACUGCUUUGGCUGAGCCAAAGGAAAGAGAAUCACAAAUGGCAGCACAAGUUCGUUUGAGAUGUUUUUGGGAUGAGCCAGGAUUGCAUACCGAGGGUCCUCCCAUGUAUAUCCUGUGGAAAAUGAGGGAUACUUUGCAAUUUAAUUCUAAUGGAAAAAGUUUGAUAACGAAGACAUUUAUGCAACAAGUUAUAAAUUUCAUUCGUGUGAGCGAUUUAGCAGAGCCAGUAAGGACGUUAUCCAAAGAUAGGAAAGACGAAGUGAAUCCUAAGUGCAACUCAAUUUACAGAGACAUUCUAUUUUUGGCUUGCAAAGUAUUAGGAAGAGAUCAAAUAGAUAUCAAUACUUUCGAUAAAGAAUAUGCUGCUGCCUAUUCGCGAGCGACUGAACGACAAAAUAAACUCUAUUCACAGGAUAAACCUAUCAGUUUAUCAGCUCUUUAUUGCAGACAAUAUUUCCGACCUCUAACGUUGCCUUGAAAUCUUUUGUAAAGAAUAUUCUGUUAGAAAAGUUAAGUUUUAGUUUGUUAUUAUUCCAAUUGAGAAGAUUCUGUAGCAGAAAAUAACCAAAACCGAAAACAAUCAUUUGUUUUUUGAUAAUUUGACUGAAAUUUUACUGCAGAUAGAAGGGUAUGGGAAUAUAAAGUGAGGGACACAUCUUACAAUUUUUACUGCUGAACAAAAAUCCGUUUCUUGAAAUUAUGUGCAAUAUUUUAUUAUCGAUAAAGUUUUUUGUUGAAUAUUUUCAUGUUGUAUGAUUACAUAUUUGAUUUUAAAUCUCUAAACCUGUACAGUUAUAAAGCAUGUCCUCAAUUGUUUUUAUUCUCUUCACCGUUUUGUUUGUCAGAUGAAUGUUUCAGUACCUAUCGGACUCAUUUCUUCCACUAUUCUGUCUUUUGGUAUCUUCCUCAAUUUCUCCAAAGUUUUUACUCUUUUUGUCCCAUUUAUUUAGAUCUUCUUUGGUCUCCUUUUUUUAUUAAUUCCGUUAUUUUGUUUUGUUGAUAUUUAACAAUGUGUCCUUACCAAUUCAGCUGUCUCAUUUAUUUUCUCUAUUAUUGCUUCUUGUUCUGUUACUUUCCUAAUGUUUUUGCUGUUGUCUCAUUUAGUUUUUCAUGCUUCCUCCAUUGUUAAAAUUUAAUUUAAUAUUUUAUUUAUGAUGUAUUAUUUCUUUAAGGUUAACAGUAUUUACAUUAGGCAUCUAGCGGUGUAAAAUAAAAUUGUUAAUUUCUCUAUUGUCUUUAUUUCCCUUACACAUUCCUAUUGUCUUUAUACCUCUACCAACCGAUAGUUGUGGUAAAUAUUGUCGAGGGGAUACAAAGUGUCGUAAACUUUUGGUAGAAGAGGCUCAAUCUUAGUGUUAAUGUUAAAAAAGUUUAUAUGGAAAGAAUUACUAGGUGAAUAGUUGAAACUUUUCCAUUUUUAUAUAUAAAACGACAAAAAAAUUAAAACAUAGUAUACAGAUUGAGAAAAGAACAAUGCCUUCUUGAUGCACUAAUACAGCAGAACUUCCACAAUCAAAACUUGUUAGUUUCUCUCAGUAAUAAACUAAAUUAAAAAUGAGGAAUAUAAAGCUGAAAACUUGGAUCAGGCAUAACUGUUUUAAGAGGAGGGUCAUUCAAAAAUUCAUUGACUCGCUGUCGAGAAAAAAUGGAUAAUUUUCUGACAAAGUUCCCUUUGAUUUUCAGCUUAUUGAGUGUUAGUAAGAAAAUCUCACUAAUGAAUGGUUAGACCUGCAUUUGGUUAGAUGCAAAUAAAACUGAAAGCAUUAAGUGUUGUAAAAUUAGGUGAGAAAAAAUGCAAGAAAAAUCUUUUAACAUUUUAUUAAUAAGAAAUAUUUUUAGCAAGAUAAGCCUAUUAACUAAUAAUUGCUACAUGUAGUUUUUUUCUUUAUAUGAAGGCAAAAAUAUCUAACAUUAGUAGAAUAUUAAGAAAAAGUUUUUAUAGAAAAAUUUGGAGAGUAACAUUUAAUACCGUAUCAAUUGCAUUGCUUAUAUCUUAUUUUUUUUUGUAUUAAAGUAUUAAAGAGGAUUUAUUGAUAAACACAUUUAAAUUUAGAUAUGCAUUAUUACAAAAAUGUCAACCGAAUACUAUACAAGGUGGCAUUGAUAAUAAUAAGUUGUAGGCUUGUAAAAUGUUAUAAUUUUGAAAUAUCUACUUUAAUGAACAAUUUUUGGUAUUUUCAACAGUAUAAAUGUAAUUUUUUGUCAUGAAGGGGCCCAUUACCACACAUGACAUUUUUUAUUUUUAUAUUAAUAUAUUUAGGUAGAAAAAAUGUUGUAAAUUCAUUUGAGACAUGAAAACGUGAUUUAAGUCACUAAAUAAAUAAAAUUUCUGUUAUAUAAAAAAAAUCUAAUAAAAUUAAAUAAAUUUGUGAAUCUUUUGACUCAAUUUUUAAAAAUGAUUCACUACAUGAAGCUCAUAUUUUGUCCAUUAAAUAAACCAUCAUUAAUUACAUAAUUCGACAUAAUUUGUUGAAGUUUUCACCACGCCUAAUUUGAGAAGGAAUUUCAAUAUACUUCAUCAAACUAUACAAAACUAACCGUAAAAAUCACAAUUUAUUUUAUAGAUUGUACUCGCAAAGUUUAGGAUGUGAGGAUAAAUUCGUAAAGGAAAACAAUGCACCACUAAGGAAGAUAGAAUUGAAACUACAAGUUCAAAGAUCUAAAUGGAAGGUGUGGAAGAGGACAGCAAAAGCCCAGAUUAAAUGCUACAGAUGUAUAAGUAAGACGGAGAAACGAAAUUAUGAUUAGUUGCAAAAAGUAACUAAUUUGAAAGGACGGCAUAGCAAAACGUCUGACAUCGAGAUUGACCUCUUGACUUCGACUAAAACGGUACCUCUACCAAAAAUUUUCGCUGAACAUAAUCAACUAAUAUGUCCCAAGGUUACGGCGCCGUUUUGAGAGGUCAAAAUAAUGAUAUAUCUGCAGUAGAAAUAUGAUAAUUACAAGGGGAAGGAAUAGAGAUCAAAGACAUACCAAAAUUACUAAGAGGAAAAAUGGGAAAAGGACUGGAUGGGUUGAAAAACACCUUCGGUUUCUUCAGAAACUUAAAGCUUCAUAAAUUCAUUCCACUAAAUUGUUGGCUUACAAUGAGUAUUAAAAAAAAUUCUCGAAAUUUGGGCACAUUAAUUUGUAUUUAAUAUAAUAUAAAUAUUAUUUUUGUAUUACAAAAAAAUAUGUUUUAUUGAUUUCUAGUUACUUUCGCUUCCAGAUCAAGUAGUUGGUGUAGAUGAGUCUCUGGGUUCCAAAGAAAUAAGCAUUCAUCAUUCAUUUGAUAAAAUUGAAAGAAUUUAGGGAAGCGAAGGAAUAAUUUUCAAUUAUUGAAUUCUUUCACAAAUAGCUAAUACACUACUAGCUUCCACGCUCAUACACUCGUGUAACUUCACGAAGAACUCAGUCUCUAGGAAUUCGCGCAUUUGGGGACAUACAUGACCAGGUGCUGUUGCAUAAUCAGGUAAUAAAAAUAGAGAAAAUAAGAUUAUGGAAGUUUUUCUCGACAAUAUACCUUCUAUUAACUCCCAAUCAGCUUGAGUAGUGUAGUGGACAGAGAUAUAGUAUCCCAUAACGUUUCAACUUUUAAGUUAAUUUUAUUUGGUACAUUAUAAAUUAUGUAUUAGCACAACUAAUGAUAUAAUGUUAUGUAUUAGCACAACUAAUGAUAUAAUGUUCUAUAUUUAUAACUAUCAUUAAUCAAAACUAAUCAAACUUGCCAAUGGUAAAGUUAAAUGUCUUUGUUCUCCAAAUAGAACAACUUUGUACUUUAUUGUUUGAAUUGAGCUACAUGCGGAAUGUCUCCAGGUAAGUUUCAUUGUAGCACUUGCUUGAAAUGGCUGGGCGAUCAGAAAUCCCGCCACUUAUGAAAUUUGACCAGUGAUAAGUUUUCUGAAUAUAAUAAACGUUAACGCAAAUAAAAUUCAACAAAUAAGCAGUGAAGUGUAUGGAAAAACGACUAUGAGCGAAUCAAAGGUGACAAUAUUGGUUCAAAUGCAAAAUGACUUUUACAAAGUUUCGGCUAUGAAGUUUUGACCAUUUUCCGUAUAGUUUCGAAAGAGAUUCUAGUGACUUUUAUUUGUUUCGUUAUAUGAAGUCUGUUUUUUUAGCUAAAAGAUCGUGGUACCUCAUGUUUCAAUGUAUUUAAUGUCUGCUGUAUUUACACUGAUUUUUUUUAAUUCAAAACGGAACGUACUUUACGAAAAUACUUCGUAAUAGUAGUGACAGUGAAUAGUGGAUAAUGAAUAAAUGUAGUGUGCAAGUACAAGAAAGGAAUGUAUUUAAUGGAAAUCGAAAAUAAGUGGUAAAUGUUUCUAAACCUGAAGAAAUUCUUUAAAGGCAAUAGAAAGUACCAUAAAAUGUGUCUAGAUUGGUAAUGGUUUGCU